GUUACAAUUUUUUAAACCCUAAGAGCAUCCGCAUUAGCGGUUGUUAAGCGGGUCAUGGGCUCGAGUUCUAAAGGCCGAAACAAUUAAAGAAAAUGAAAAAUGGGUUUAUUUGCGUGAACCGGGCCUUACGGAUGAACCCGUAAGAAGGGAGUUCAAGCCACGCGUCGAUCAAUCAUUGGCUUCUCCAAUCCGCGUUGACGAGGAAGAAAGCAGGGUUUCCGUGUUAUUCGACUCAUUUCUCUUUUCUCUGUAAACUCUAGGGUUUCUUCUCUCGGGGGCGAUUUUUUGUGCGACGGCGAAUCCCGAAGGUUCUCUCCAUCCAAUCGACGACGGAGUGUCAUUUACACGAUCUCAGAUGGAUCCCGCAGCAGAGAGAAGAGACGCAAAGAGGAACAUUGAGUACAACAACUCAUUAGGCUAUGUGGCGGAUUCAGAGUAUUCCAAAAAGGUGUUACUGCGGUGGGAGAAUGAUUGGUGAGGUUCAGAGGAAGGAGGAGCACGACACUCUUCCUGGGAAGCGGUUCUUCACCUGCAUAAACUACGAGGCUGAUGGGCUCCACUACCGUCAGCCUUGGGUGAUUGGUGUACAGGAGGAGAUCGAAAGGCUGACUAGCCGGCUGGAGGAGGCUGAGAAGGUUAUCAAGGAGGUGCCCAUCCUCAAUGAACAGAUCGUGUCUCUAGAGGAACAGGUUAAAAGCCUCUUUGGUCUGCUCGAUGUUCUCACUGUGAAGGUGCAUGACCUGGAGAUGAUCUGCUUGGAUUGAAAAGCAAAGGUCACGGGCUGGAGUUGAAGUUGUAUGGCAGGAAGGGAAUCCACAUGUUUCAUUAGCUUUAUGGUUGUAGUGUAUCACGGGAAAGUGUAGUGUUUUGUAUCUUUCUACACUUCAUUUCAAUUAAGUUGUCUAUGUACUUUGUACUUUUUUGGUUGCUCACGGGAAAGUGUAGCAACCACAUGUCUUGAACUUGUUUGGUUGUA